UAAGGUUUUAGGUUUUUUAUUUUUUAUUUUUUUUGAAUUCUGCACUUUGACAGUGGUAGCGGAAUAAACUUAUCCCAAAGUUAUUUUUCUAUUGAGAAGAAAGAAGAGGUGGAUUCUUUUUCCUUUUGAUUACAACCUUUUCUCCCAGUGACAAAGCAUAAAUCAUGGACACCAGAGAAUAAGGAGGACCUCAGGAACCCUGGAAAGACUAAGAUUACAUUCUUCCUCAGGAGGGAAGGGUGGGGUGUUUUUAGCCCUCUCUGGAACCUAAAACUAAAAACAUGAGUUGCAUGCCAUGGAAAGGAGACAAGGCCAAAUCUGAAUCAUUGGAGCUGCCCCAGGCAACACCCCCCCAAAUCUACCAUGAGAAACAACGCAGGGAGCUUUGUGCCCUCCAUGCCCUCAAUAACGUCUUCCAGGACAGCAACGCCUUCACCCGGGAAACGCUGCAAGAGAUUUUCCAGAGGUUGUCUCCAAAUACUAUGGUGACACCUCACAAGAAGAGCAUGUUGGGAAACGGGAACUACGAUGUGAACGUCAUCAUGGCAGCACUUCAAACCAAAGGCUAUGAAGCUGUUUGGUGGGACAAGCGCAGGGAUGUCAGUGUCAUUGCUCUCACUAAUGUCAUGGGCUUCAUCAUGAAUCUGCCCUCCAGCCUGUGCUGGGGUCCGCUGAAGUUGCCUCUCAAAAGGCAGCACUGGAUCUGCGUUCGAGAGGUGGGAGGUGCCUACUACAACCUCGACUCCAAACUCAAGGUGCCUGAGUGGAUUGGAGGAGAGAGCGAGCUCAGGAAAUUUCUAAAACAUCAUUUGCGAGGAAAGAACUGUGAACUCCUGCUGGUGGUAUCAGAAGAGGUGGAGGCCCACCAGAGCUGGAGGGCUGAUGUGUGACGCAGUUCUACCCAACUUCCCUCUCACCUCACCCCUUCAGUCCUCUGUGAUGUGCUGUAGCCUCUACAGUGGGUCUGCCCUUACCACUGCCCCAAACAUCUCAUCAGGUUCCCUCCGCAGAUUUGAGAGUGCAAUAGGACAGAUGUGGGAACUGUACAAGAACCACCACCAGCGUUAUUUUUUCGUGGGAAAGGAAGGUAGGAGCUCUGUGUGCUUAGGGCAAGCAAUAGAAGACCCUUGGUUUUAUUUAAGAGAGAGGAGAAAGAAAGGUGGGUCUUAGCAUAUUUUCCCCUUUCCUGUGAGGACUUGACACAGGUUCUGCUGGAGUUAGUCAGUCAUUGCUGUUCCAGACUCACCUGGAGACGCCACCUCCGCUUGCCCUUUCCUGUCAAAUCAGUAGGUCUGAAGACAGAACACUCAAAGCCCGUGUGAUGGACUGGAAGGACCCAGAGCCUACGGGUCUCAGGAAACCAUCUCCAAAGCCCCAGCAGCAGUAUAGCAUGCUGUCUCCAACCGUCGUUACCACCCCCUCCCCUAAUUUUUAAGGGGGGUUUAUGGUCAUCCUUGUAGUUUUAUAAUGAAAAGCUCUGUAAUAUUCUAAGCCAAGUGGUUGAGUCCUGCAAUAUUCUAGCAUGAUGGGUGAGAGGACAUGGCUAAAGCCAAACGGGCAGGCAUGGAGUGGCUCGUUUUCAAUAGCUCUCACUCUGUUUUGUUCCUACCAUUUCACUACAUUGAUCUAGAAGGCUUGGAGACCAAAGUCAAGGCAAAAGGGGCCAUUUUCCCAGUUGACCCACUCUGGCAAAAUCAGAAAACAAAUAAGUCUGCCUUCAAGAUCAAAUUCCACUAGGUUGAGACCAAGUUGAGUGAAGAAAGUAUUGUGAAGAUAUAAGGUUCUCUGAGUUUAAAAGCAGCUGGAAUCAGUAGAAGUCCUAGGUUGGAGGCUCUGAGUCAUAUAGUGACAAGAAGCAAAGCCCUGAAGUUGGAAGGUUGUUAUAGGACCUGGGUUUAUCAUCUUUCUGGAAUUUUCUUUACAAAUCAACUGAGAAUUGACCUGCCCCCUACCUCUAUUAAAUAGUUAUAGGCCACUUUUCUCCUGUAACUUUGGGGGGGGGGAAUACAUAUCAUACCACACUACGUGUCACCAGAGUGUCUGUGGUUGCCUAAGGCCCGUGGGCAGGUAGGAGUGAUCUGGCUAGUCCUUACAGAUCAGUGGUCUUGGCAGGUCUGAGAGCUGCCCCACUGGCCAGACUGCUCUCCAGCAGCAAAGCCAGCCAAGGGCUUCCAUUGCAAGCCUGAGCAAGCUUAAUGGGAUGAAGCAGAGGCUUUCUCCCCGCUGUGACUGGAGUGCAUGUUUACACCAGCACUUUUUCUGCACAUGUUAUCUUCAACCCAACAAGGCCGUUUUUUAUGCUGAGUAACAGAGCCCACCAAGCGGCUACUGCAUUAUAUCCUCCCAGCAACUGGCCGCAAUCUCUUCUGCACCAUUUUCUACGCCAGAACUGCUUGGCACCACAGGGAGCUCCUUACCCCUGCACAAUGACAUUCCAACCACCACCAGCCAGAAGAUACAGCCAACCUUGCUGACUGUACAAGGAGGACCUUGGGUCCACUGGCACUGUCAGCGAUAGUAAGCCAUUUCUCGGGAAGAGGAAACCCCAAUCCACAAAUCUGUUUGGCCUGUGCAAAUGGCACUUUAAAGGAGUCGCCAUGGAGUCCACUAGCCAAGGGGAUAUGCAAAGAUGCUUAAAUGUUUCAGGGCUGGUUUCUCUGUUCAUAUCCAAUUCUGGUGCUUAGGAACAGGAACCCAUGCCAGUACCCAAGGGCAAAAAGCCCCACCUUUAAGGAAGGGAGCAGACCUGAUCCUGAUGCCCAGUAAGGGGCAAUCCUAGGCUUUUUGUUUUUAUGGCUUAUGUUCCCUUUUUUGUUGGCCUUGUGCUGGGUUUGUUUACAAAGAUGUAUUUUGUUUAACCAGAUAUUAAAAAUGGAAAACUCCAUACAUAAAUCUCC